GGGCGCCAAGUUCCCCGCCCGCCGAGCCCCGCGGACCCGCCCCCCGGGCUCGCUCCGGGCGGGGCGCGAACCCGCAGCCGGGGCGGUCGAAACUUCGGGGGGCCCCGGGGCCGCAACCGGUGGCUUCGCGCCGCGGGCACAAGUGAGCGGGGCCUCUCCGGGCAGUGCCGCGGGGGCCCGCGCGCUCCGGGUCGGGCCGCCCUGGUCGGCGGAGGUCUGCGGCCGUGUCGCUUCCCGUCCGGAGGUCCGGUGCGGACGCCGAAAACGGUGGCUGCGGAGCGGCGAGCCGGCCGCCCGGGGGGCGAGGCCUGCUGCUCGGAGCGGAGCAGCAACGCCCCGAGAGGACGGACAUAAAUUCCCGCGGAAGAUCAUUUGCACUUGGAUCCUUGGCUGCCCAUUGAACAGACGCUCAAAUCCUGCAAGUCGUCAUCUUUCAGGUGGUUGCAGAACCGUGAGGCCUUUGCGUGGUACAGGGAGGAGACAGCCGGUGUGCUGAGGAGAUGAACGGGGAGCAGCAGCUUGAUGCAGAUGGUGGAUCUGGUAUGGAAGAAGUGGAGUUAAGCUGGGAAGAUUACCUAGAAGAGACUGGGUCCACAGCUGUUCCCUAUGGCUCCUUUAAACAUGUGGACACACGCUUGCAGAACGGCUUUGCCCCGGGGAUGAAGCUGGAGGUGGCUGUGCGGACGGAGCCGGAGGCCUACUGGGUGGCCACCGUCAUCACGACCUGUGAGCAGCUGCUGCUGCUGCGCUACGACGGCUAUGGCGAGGACCGGCGCGCCGACUUCUGGUGCGACAUCAGGAAGGCUGGCCUCUACCCCAUCGGCUGGUGUGAGCAGAACAAGAAGACCCUGGAAGCCCCGGAAGGCAUCAGGGACAAAGUGUCGGACUGGGCCGAGUUCCUGCGGCAGACCCUGGUGGGGGCGCGCAGCCCUCCUGCACCUCUGCUGGACGGCCUCCGUAAUGGCAGGAACCCGCUAGAUCUCAUUGCCCCCGGGUCCCGGCUGGAGUGCCAGGCUUUCCGCGACUCUCUCAGCACCUGGAUCGUGACUGUGGCGGAGAACAUUGGGGGCAGGCUGAGGCUGCGCUACGAGGGGCUGGAGGGUUCUGGCGAUUUUGAACACUGGCUGUAUUACCUGGACCCCUUCCUUCAUCACGUUGGCUGGGCCGCUCAGCAGGGCUAUGAGCUGCAGCCCCCAUCAGCCAUCAGACAUCUGAAAAAUGAAGAUGAAUGGCGAGAUAUUUUGGCCAAAGUGAAAGAGGAGGAAGAAGAGCCACUGCCAUCAUACCUGUUUAAGGACAAACCAAUUAUUGACGUUCAUACAUUCUCUGUAAAUAUGAAAUUGGAAGCUGUGGACCCUUCGUCUCCUUUUGGGAUCUCUCCUGCGACCGUUGUUAAGGUGUUCGACGACAAGUACUUUCUGGUGGAGAUGGACGACUUGCGGCCAGAGGAGCACGUGCGGCGGUCAUUCGUGUGCCACGUCAACAGUCCCGGCAUCUUCCCUGUGCAGUGGGGUCUGAAGAAUGGGGUCCACAUCAUCCCCCCUCCAGGCUACCCAAGCCAGGACUUUGACUGGGCCGACUACCUCAAACAGUGUGGUGCUGAAGCCGCUCCGCAGAGGUGCUUCCCCCCGACCAUUUCCGACCAUGAGUUUAAGGAAAACAUGAAGCUCGAGGCAGUGAACCCUCUUCUCCCUGAAGAAGUGUGUGUGGCCACCAUCGCUGCCGUGCGAGGCUCCUACCUGUGGCUGCGGCUGGAGGGUUCUAAGAAGCCCGUUCCUGAGUGUAUCGUGAGUGUGGAAUCCAUGGAUAUAUUCCCCCUGGGCUGGUGUGAAACCAACGGCCACCCCCUUAGUGCUCCUCGCCGAGCACGAGUACAUAAGCAGAGGAAAAUUGCAGUGGUUCAACCAGAGAAACAAGUGCCGUCUUCGAGGGCUGUCCAUGAGGGCCUGAAGAAUCAGGAGCUGAACUCUGCAGACUCAGUUAUGUUCAAUGGGAAAUACUGCUGUCCAAAGAUAUACUUCAACCACCGUUGCUUCUCAGGGCCGUACCUUAACAAAGGGAGAAUUGCUGAGCUGCCUCAAUGUGUAGGUCCUGGCAACUGUGUUCUGGUCCUCAGAGAGGUCCUCACCUUGCUCAUCAACGCGGCCUACAAACCCAGCCGUGUCUUGCGGGAGCUCCAGCUGGACAGAGACUCCGUGUGGCACGGAUGUGGGGAAGUCCUGAAGGCCAAAUACAAAGGAAAGAGCUAUCGUGCUACUGUGGAGAUAGUGAAGACAGCAGACCGGGUGACUGAGUUCUGCCGGCAAACCUGUAUCAAACUGGAGUGCUGUCCCAACCUCUUCGGCCCACGGAUGGUUCUAGAUAAGUGUUCUGAAAACUGCUCUGUGCUCACAAAGACCAAAUACACACACUAUUAUGGAAAGAAGAAAAAUAAAAGAAUUGGAAGGCCACCCGGUGGGCAUAGUAACUUAGCUUGUGCCCUGAAAAAAGCCAGUAAGAGAAGAAAGAGGCGGAAAAAUGUGUUUGCUCACAAGAAGAAACGCUGCUCUGCAUCUGUCGAUAACACACCCGCGGGCUCUCCCCAGGGCAGUGGGGGUGAAGACGAGGACGACCCGGAUGACGGGGACGACGACUCCCUGAGCGAAGGCAGUACUUCCGAACAGCAGGACGAGCUCCAGGAGGAGUCGGAAACAUCAGAGAAAAAGUCCUGCUCCUCGUCCCCCACCCAGAGCGAGGUGUCCGCAUCUCUGCCUCCCGACAGGCAGGCGAGAAGGAGGGCGCCACGCUCUGCCUCGUUUUCUGACGACGAGAACAAGCCUCCCUCGCCAAAGGAGAUGCGGAUGGAAGUCGCUGAGAGGCUGCACCUGGACAGCAACCCCCUGCAGUGGAGUGUGGCAGAUGUGGUGCGGUUCAUCAGGUCCACCGACUGUGCACCACUAGCAAGGAUCUUCCUGGACCAGGAAAUUGAUGGGCAGGCCCUGCUGCUCCUUACUCUUCCCACUGUUCAGGAGUGCAUGGACUUAAAGCUGGGCCCCGCCAUCAAGCUUUGCCAUCACAUAGAGAGGAUCAAGUUUGCUUUUUAUGAGCAGUUUGCCAACUGAGCGGGACAACCAAAGCGAGCUGGAUCUGUGAAGCACAAACGCAGCGCGGGCCGGGCCCUGGGCCUGCGCUCUCUGCACUUUCGGGGAAGGAGGACCACACCGAGGAAGCAAGACUGUGCCCAGAGCUCCUGCAGUGGGAGUGUGGACGUCUCCUGCUCAGCAGAUUGAGCUCUUAACGACGCAGGCCGUGAGGGAAGACUUGUGUAUGAAGAACGAGACGUCCGCGGUGCAGCCUGGGCCCUCGGCCCCGCGGCUGCCGGAGCUCCCUUUGGUGGUUUUCUUUUUCAUUCUGUUCCUUCCCGUCGUAGUCCAGACUUGUUCUCUGCUUUCUCUCUCGGAAAGAGAGGACGUAGCUUUAAGUCAGCACUGACUUGGGACUGUGCCCCAGGCACGUCAGUGCUUCCUUGUCAUUGUGGUUUUAAGCUUUUUUAAAUUAAAACUGUUCAUUUUGGGGAUGA